AUGGCGAUGUUCGGGAGAAGACAGGGCAUAGCAAUGGCGACAAACUUCAUGAAAUCCAUAGUAAUCCAAAGAUCGUCCACUCUUCCUUCCAACUCUCGAUGCCUCAGCGACGCCGUUAGUAGCGAGGUUAUCACCUCCCACACCGCCAAAUGGAUGCAGGAUACAAGCAAAAAAUCUCCAAUGGAAUUAAUCAAUGAAGUUCCACCCAUCAAAGUUCAAGGUCGAAUUGUUGCUUGUGAAGGAGACAAUGAUCCUGCACUAGGGCAUCCAAUCGAGUUCAUAUGUCUUGACCUGAAUGAGCCGGCUAUAUGCAAGUAUUGUGGUUUACGUUAUGUGCAAGGUCAUCACCAUUAG